AUGCGGGAGGCGGAGCAGAGGAGGAAGGUGUUUGUGGGGAUUUUAGGCUCUCCAGAUGCUCUCUCCGCUGAUGAAAUGCGGUCCUACUUUCUCAAGUACGGCCCUGUGGCAGACCUGUUCCAUCCGCAGCCCAGCAGGGGCUUUGCCUUUGUCACCUUCCAAACAGAGGAUGCUGCCCGCUCCGCCAUGCAGGUGAAGGAGCAGGUCAUUGCCGGGGUGAGGGUUCACGUCAAGCCGCCAGCGCCUAAGGCCUCUGCUGCUUCACACACCCAGCAGUUCCAGCAGAACCAGUACCAGCAGCCGCUGCUGCAGCGCCAGCUCUCCUCCUCGUCCUCGCCUUACUCCCCCAGUGCAGCGACAGCGGCGGCAGCAGCAGCUGCUGCGGCUAUGGGCAUGCCUGGCUCUUUUGGAGCGUUCUUGGACCCGGCAUCCCUGGGUGCUGCAGCAAUGGCUGCUUUGGGAGGUUACCCACCGAUUCCGGGGCUAGACAUGUCCUUGUUUCCAGGCUUGGGGAACAUGAUGGGGGAUGGAAACCUGGGAAUGGGGAUGGGCAUGGGUGGCAUGGGCAUGGGAAUGGGGAUGGGGAUGGGCAUGGGUGGUAUGGGUGGCAUUGGUGGCAUGGGCGGUAUGGGUGGCAUGGGCGGUAUGGGCGGUAUGGGCGGUAUGGGCGUUAUGGGCGGUAGUGGUAUGGGUGGCAUGGGUAGCAUUGGCAGCAUUGGCAGUAUGGGUAGUUUGGGUAGUAUGGGCGGUAUGGGUGGUUUGGAAAGUAUGGGGAGCAUGGGUGGGCUUGGGGGACAGCUGGGAGUGCCGCCAUUAGUGGGGCAGCAACCGGCAGUGCUGCCAGGGCCUUCUCUCUUCAUAAGCAACCUGCACUACAGUGUCACAGUGCAGGAUCUCACCGAGUACUUCAUGGUGCAUGGUGCUGUGCUGGGAGUGGACAUGUUUCGAGACGAAAAGGGGCGAUCCAGAGGCAAGGCGUGCAUUCAUUUCUCCAAUGGCACAGAAGCCGCCAGAGCAUCGAAGCACUUCCCAGUUUGCUGUCAUCCACUUCCAUAUUCUCAGUCGAUCCUUCCCACCUCUCCUCACCUCUCACCUCUCCCCACCUCCCCCCACCGGCUCCCACCGCACUGA